UUGUUCAUUUCCUCUCUUUCUCCCAUCUCUCUCCCUCUCUCAAAGAGCCCUAAAUUAGUUCUCUCUCUAUUCCUCUCUCGCGUCGUCUAAAGUUAAACUCGAUCUCUCUCUCUCUUCUAGGGUUUCACGAUCUAACAAAGAAUUACCCAAAUUAAUUGAUCGAAGGAAGUGAAUUCGAGAGAGAUUAAAUUAAUUUUUUCCCCAAAUUCAAAUUCUCUAUAUUAAGAGCUCAAGUCCUUGUGUUGCUGUACCAAUAGUUGUAUAAUCUCAAAAUGCCAAAGGAUAGAAGACAUCGUUCUGUAUCUUUUGAUAGGUUCAAGGCAUCUCCUUACACAUGCAGCUCUAGUCAUAGCAGGCUAUCUUCACCCAAGAUUCCCUCUGAAACUGAGGAAAAUUUAAAGGAAUGGGAGGAGGCCAGGUGCCCUGUGUGCAUGGAACAUCCUCAUAAUGCUGUUCUCCUUGUAUGUUCAUCCCAUGAGAAAGGUUGUCGUCCUUACAUGUGUGAUACCAGCUACCGCCACUCAAACUGUCUUGACCAGUUCCGCAAGUCAUUUGCUGAGACUUCUAUAAUCACACCGCAAUCAGAAGAAAAUAGGAUCACAACCGCUGAUUCAUCUGCUGUUGUGAGCUCAGAAUUAACUCUUACAGUGGAACAAAAUGAGGAAGGGCCUUCAUCUACUGGAACCAUUUCUUGUGAGAAGAAGGUGCAGCCGACACUGGUGUGCCCACUCUGCCGGGGCCAUAUAAAAGACUGGAUUGUAAUGGAGCCUGCUCGCCAUUUUAUGAAUGCAAAAUCGAGGAGCUGUGCUUGUGAAACUUGUGAAUUCAGCGGCACAUAUUCAGAUCUGAGGAAACAUGCAAGGAUUGAACACCCUCUUGUUCGACCGUCACAGGCUGAUCCAGAGCGGCAACGUAGUUGGAGGAUGCUAGAGCGCCAAAGGGACCUUGGGGACUUGAUUAGCACACUUAAUUCUUCAUUUGGAGAAGAGAGGGGGGAGGACAGUGUUUUGCCAAUUGAUGAUGGAGGUUGGCUUACUGUAUUUUUUCUUAUAAGGGUGUUUCGACCUGGGUCUAGUCCAAGAAGUAGUAGCUGGUCUGGUACCUCAAGAGCCAGAGGGCAGGUGAGCUUCAGGAGAAGAUCUACCCGACUUUGGGGGGAGACUCAUGAUGGGGAAACUGGAUCUUCUUCCAGAGAUGAGGAGAAUGACUCUUCAGAUGGUGGGUCAGGCCCUUGGAGGCGCAGUGAGCGCAUUCGACGACGGACAACACCUGACCAAUUGUGAUUGAUGAACUUUACAAGGGCAGGGUCAAUUGUUUUGUUAAGCUGCUUCAGCUUCUCAGCCAACUCUUGCUUCCCUCUCACCCACCACGGCCAUGGAGAUGGAUGGUUUGGUGCUCCAGAGAAAAAGAAAAAAAAAAAAAGUGUACUGUUUAGGCUUUUCAUUGGCGCUGUAUCUAGCUUGUGUAACUCAGAAUUAGAAAUUGUUUAGAUGAGAGAUCUGAGAUCUGAUACAGCCAAUAGUUGUUUGUUUGUGACUGAACACUUGUAUUAAAGCGGUUAGUAAAUAUCUAAUAACCAAAGAAAUAGCAACUGAUAACUGAUUUAAUUUCAA